UCGUGAUGAUGGACGGACUACUCGCGUUACGAUUGUUAUUUUUAAUUAUUUUUAGUCUGUGCGGAUAUGUUAUCUGUGGCACGAGUCAGGACACACCGCAUGUUCAAAAAUUAGAACUGUUUGAUGGUGUGUACGCAAAAAUACCAGAUCAAACGAAUAAUGAUACCAAGAGUUUGAUUUCAUUUGAAGUGGACCUGGACAGGAACGUCGAAACAGGUCGGGGAAAACAGAAAAAACUCCUACAACGAAUUCUACCGAUGUUCGUGUUACCAUUCUUAGUUCAGUCGACGAUAAUACCAAUAUUCCUAGGCAUUUUAAAAUUUAUGCUUUUCAAAUCACUGAUUAUUGGAAAGCUAGCGUUGGUUUUAAUUAUUAUAAAUGCAUUUAAAAAUGGGAAUUCCUUCAAAGGACGUGAUGCGGAUAUAGCCUCAUUGCAUUAUGGCUAUAAUGGUCAUCGAAUGGAAGAAUAUGGAUCCUACUUUAAUCAAUAAAUUAAAUAAGUAAAUUCUAUCAAAAUUAUGUGUAAAUAUCCCGUUUUUCAAAACAAAAUAUAAAUUAUAUAAAGUCAGAUUAUUACUUUAUAAGUUUAGAUAAUUUCUUUAACUUUCAUUUAGAAAUCGGCAAAGAAAAUUGAUAUUUUAGUAAUUGAAUUAGAAUUAAGAAAACUUAAACAUUUUACCUCAAUUUACCUCUUUUAUAUUAGGUAUGUACCUUCUUACUUAAUCUAUAUGUUUGAUGUAAGUUUAUAAUCCCAAAUAUGUAAAAAAAAUAUAUAACAAGGCGCACCAUAUUUUCUUGCCCAUUACCUACCAAUCUGCCAAAACCUAAAAUCUAGGUACGAAAGAUGUCUGUUUGAUUUCUAAACGUUAUAAGUAUCUAUUAUUUAUAUGUAACAAAAAAUGUAAUAUUUGUAAAUGGUAUGAAAGUAGGUAAAUUUCAUUUUAUUUAGCAGCUUCACGGUGCACUAACGAUACAUUACCAUAUUAAAUGUUUUGGCUGUUGCUAAAGGUGUUUGUACCGUGAAAAACGUGUUCUAUUUUCCAUAUUAGAAUAUCCAUACUAAUAUUAUAAAUGCGAAAGUAACUCUGUCUGUCUGUUACUCAAUCACGCCUUAACUACUGAACCAAUUUGCAUACAAUUUGGUAUAUAGAGA